AUGGCCACGGGGAAGAAGCCCAAGAAGGGCAAGCGGAAGAUCAGGGGCUCCAAGAAAGCUAAGACCCAGGGCCCCAGCAAGGUCAAGAGAGGCAAGUCCACGGGCACACUGGUGGCGCGCCGGGCCGACCUCCGCGGUCCUGACACGGAGUGGUGGGACGCCUUCCUCAGCAAGCAGCACGAACUAAUUAAUUUCCAUUCAUUCUGGUGGACAGAUGGUAGUGCGCCAGUGCCUUCAGACGAGGAGGACGCAUUCAGGUACUUCUUCAGGACAUCGAGGAGGACCUUUGACUACAUCUGCUCGAUUGUGCGGGAUGAUUUGAUAUCGAUGCCGCCGUCUGGGCUGAUUAACAUUGAGGGGAGACUGCUUAGUGUCGAGAAGCAAGUAGCAAUUGCCAUGAGGAGGCUGGCAUCUGGCGAUGCGCAGGUGAACAUUGGAGCUUCUUUUGGUGUGGGGCAGUCUACUGUUUCGCAGGUGACAUGGAGGUUUAUCGAGUCAAUGGAAGAGAGGGCUCGCCAUCAUUUGGUGUGGCCGGACCAGGAGAGAAUGGAGGACAUCAAAGCUAAGUUGGAGGCUGUAACUGGUCUGCCGAAUUGUUGCGGUGCCAUUGAUGCCACGCACAUUACCAUGACGCUUCCUGCUGUUGACUCAUCUGAAGACUGGUGCGACCCUGCGAAGAACUACAGUAUGUUCCUGCAAGGGGUUGUUGACGAUGAGAUGAGAUUUAUUGAUAUUGUCACUGGUUGGCCGGGCGGUCUGACAGUCUCACGCCUGUUGGAAUACUCUGGGUUCUACAAGCUCUGUGAGGCUGGUAGUCGCUUGAAUGGUCCUGUCCGAGUUUCAGGGAACGAUGCAGAAAUAAGGGAAUUCAUUGUUGGUGACAUCUGUUAUCCUCUUCUCCCGUGGCUUAUGACUCCAUUCCAAGGAAAAAAUCUAUCUACCCCUAUGGUCAACUUUAAUGCCCGUCAAAAAGAUGCAAAGAUGCUUGGAACAAGAGCAUUGGCACGCCUGAAAGGCUCCUGGAGGAUCUUGGACAAAGUCAUAUGGAGGCCUGCUAAAGAUAAGUUGCCGAGUAUCAUUCUUGUGUGCUGUCUGCUUCACAAUAUAAUUCUGGAUUGCAAAGAUGAACUGCUUCCGCAUAUUCAACUUCCAGACCAUCAUGAUACCGGCUAUAACAUAAAGAAAUGCAAGCAAGAGAAUCCUAUAGGCAAAGUGAUGAGAGACACCAUUGCAGGACAUCUCCCAAUCUAUGAAGCUAAAUCUUGAAA